AUGUCGUCCUACGAGAACACCUCUGGCCAAGACACCACCACCGGUGGUACCACCUUCCCCGGUGACGAGCAAGUUCCCAAGGACUCCACCACCACCACCGACACCUCCAAGAAGGACGAGUCUUCUUCCAAGGACGAGUCCUCAAAGGACCAGAAGCCCGAGGAGACGGAGGCUUCGACCACCACUGCUUAUAGCAAGAAGAAGUACCAGUCUGGUUAA